GCUGCUCAGACUGAGAGCUGGUUUUGCACGCAUGCAAAUUCGUCAGAAGCUGGGCUGAGUGCCAGGGGUGGGGCCAUAUGGGGCAACAACUCACAUACUUGCACUCAAGCAAUGGGCCUGGCGUUAAUUUUCUCACAUCAGUAUUCCAUGCCUUUUGAUGUUGGGAGAGCCUAGCAACAGUAGGUACACCUCAAGAAGAGCCUGGUGACCCAUUUGCCCAAAGAUGGAGCACCAGUUAAACCAGAAAAGAAGGGACGAUGCAAGCUAAUCCAGGAGACUCUCCCCGCAAAGCCUUGCCGGAGUCUCGUUUGUCAGCACGCGGAAUGAUCCCAACGACCCACCAUGUUCAACCCGUGGGUGGAGGUGAGGACAGCUUCGGUUCCUGGGAGCUGCGUCCUUAUACGGCUCCAAAAAUGGCAUUAUACAUACGCAGCUCUCAUAUCUGUCCCUGAGCCAGGGUUCUGUGCAGGAACUAGUACUGGGACUGGAUGGAGGGAGAGCUGGUGUUGGAACGCCAGGAAGCCGUAGAGCUGAAUCUCCGCGCUCAGCAAGAGGAUAAAUAGGUGACAAUGGGUCGGAGUCUCGACCUAACCAAUCUUACAGGAUUGUUGCGAAGACAGCUCCCAUCUAUGCUACCCUCAGCUCCUCUGCAUUAUUAUUAACCCUAAAUAAUACGUCAAUCCACGCGGGGCACUGAGUGAUCUAAGGCAAGUUACUAGGGCAAGUUACAUUCUGCUCUUCUUCUCCGAGGAAAAUAACAAGAAGGAGCCCAACUAAAAAGAAUCUCCUUUAAUAAAGGAGAGUUCCGAAGUGACUCGGAUUGCCAUGAGGGACAGGCAAGUUUGUUCCUACCUACCCUAGUAAGGAACCACAUCCCUUCCCUUGGAAUUUUAAAUUCACAGAUCGAGGCCAAUGCCUAGACCCGAGUGGAUCCAGGCUCCUCGGGCAGGUAAUCACAGACCUGGCGGCUGCUGUCCUUCUGGGGGCCGCGGGUCUCCCGAAGGUUCCUGGAGGCCCGACAGAGCGUGUACUUCGACUACUCUCGUCUGCUCUCUUCCGAAACCGACUUCCGUCAUUCGCAGGCUCACACGGAGAAAAUUCCUUUGUCCAUUGAGGAGAACAGACACCAUGCAUCUCAGCCAAUCAGUUUCAUCUGCCUCUUAACUCCAGGAUUCUAACUCUGAAGAUAACCAGAUAGCCAAUCGGGUGAUGAGGGGGUGGAGCUCUUUUGCCCCUGAUGGUAACGCGUGGCAGGCAACGGUCUUGACGUCAGUGGGAAGGGCGUUAGCUCGCAAGGAGAGAGAUGGGCGUUGCUUCUGAUAGUUGUUUUUUUCCCUGUGACUGACAGAGGCGGCGAGGUGCGACUUACCUUCCCUCAGUCUGAGCCAACCUCUGGCUGAAAAAAUUCGCCUGCAGCCAAAUCUGAUUGUGCGGUGUCACGAGCAUGGACGAUUACUUUAUCUUAGCUUCUUCCCAUCCCUUUAUUUUUGCUUGCUUUCUUCCUUCUGGUUUGGUGGCUCUUGUCGAAUGUUUUCUUUGCAAAUAAAGGGUUAAGGCGGAGGGUCUGGUACUGAGAGUACAGGGAAUAGAGGGAACUGAGGUGCGAGGCACAAUCGGCCUCUCCUCUGACAGCAGCCUGAAAAACGCGGUUUGCUGCUUGAAAGGAUCGAUCGCUUGACACCUGAUGUCUGGCUUUUCAGACAGCUUCGGCAACUUGGCCGCCCCUGUCUGUGUAUGCAAUACGGCACUGUCUGAUAACGCUGCAGGGGAGAAGGGAUUUGGAGACGGCUUAUUCCGCUCCAGUGAGCCACGCGGAGUAGUCGCAGCCAGACACGUGCGAAGAGCCAACCUGGAAGGAAGGGCACGGGCUCCCAAGCAAGCUUUUGCGUGCCGGGAAGCCAGAACCCGCAAUAAAAAAUUAUUGCCGCCAUGCUUUCUGGAAAAUACGUAGAAAGAUGCCAUCAGACUUGACUUGUUCUUUGAUUCACCACUUCCACCACCAAAGAUGUGCAGUGAGACCUAAUUUGGAAAACUCAUAGGGAAAACAGCAAACAAGAUGCAACGAAUUCCCUUUAUUUUUACCCCCAUUCCCAUUAGUGUAGCGGCAAAUUCAGAAGUGCAGGGUCCCUUCCUGAUAAUCACACCAUGCCCCUUCACAGCCACAGCCCCUCACUCACUUGCUUGUCCUCAUCUCCUAACUCCUUCCUGCAUGCACCUUCUCUAACAAUAGCAGAGGUCCCUAGGAGCCAAUCAGCAUGAAAAGGAAGUGUGUUAGCUACUGAGAAGAGUCUUCUCAGUGGCUGACUCCCCUCCUUUCACUCUGAUCUGCUCAAAUCAACAGAAAAGGAUAAGGAAGCAUGUUAGAAGAUUCUUCUGAGUGGCUAACACUCAUCAGCUCCAGCCAGCUUUCAUGCUGAUUGGUUCAUAGGAUGCUGGAGACAUAGGACAUAGGCUAGGACUCUGCUCUCAAAAAAGUAAGGGGUUUAAGACACACACACCGAGCCCGGAUGACUAUGCCCCUACCCAUACCACUUUCCAGGGACAGCCACAUCCACUCCAUACACAGAGGGAAAUUGCAUACACUGUCGUAUGUGACAAUUGCACAAGUGUUUAUUUUCCUGUAUUUCUAAGUUGAUACUCUUCAGCACACGCAGGAGCUUCCACAUGUGUAAUUGUGGCGAAGUACAUCUUUAAAUUAUUUUUCACAAAUAAGUGGGUACAUGUUUUUGGAAGCAUUUUUCUGGAAUAUACCAUGUGCAAAGUGGCUCCAUUAAAUUUAGCAUCAUGCAGCAUAUACAGAAUUCAUUGCCUGCAGCAAGCCAAGAGACCCACUAAGUUCCAAAUUAGUGUGAUUUCAGGAAUGGGUCCUUUUUAUGUGACUAGACAGUAACAUUUUGGAACAAGAGGACAAGCUGGUUUGAACCUGUUUGGAAAAGGAUUUGAAAAAAGUAUUUAUGAUAUUUCUGCUACCUCUUAAUUAUGUCCUCUGGGCAGUUCACAAAAAACAAGAAAACAAAAUAAAUGAAGUAACAAUAAUACCCACACAAAAUCUACUUAAAACCAACACAGGGCAGCAUAAAAUUAUUUUUAAAACAGUAUUGACCCAGCAAAAAGAAAAAUUUGUUCCAAGUACUAAAGCACACUGCAAAGUUUGAUCAGUGCCCCAAGUUGUCCCCUUUCUUUACAUAAAGGAGCGGCAGAACUCAGUGCCUGUAGGACCGCCAUGAUGAGCCAACCUUGCUGCUGGGACAGCUCUCAGUUGGCCCUAGUAUGGGAGUUCAUAGUGUGUGGCUAAGGAAACUGUGAUGCUAUAGAAGCCAGCUUUCAUGGAUAUUUUGAGAGCUCUGAGCUGGGACUGCAGGGGCGUGGAGGAGAGCUGGAGUGAGUAGUUAGCAGAAGGAUGGAGUAAGAGAACCACCCAGAGAAGAGGAGGGGCAAGGGGGGAACAGGGAGGGGCACAGCCGGGAAGCCGAGAGGCCCCAGCGCAGGAAAGACCGUUAAGCUGCAGAUGUUUGGCAGCUGCAGGCAGAGGAAGUGCCUGAGAGGGGGGUGAGUUUCACUUAUCUACACAAGGCAGCACUGAACAGGACAGAAGCUACUGGAGACCCCAGUGUUGCAGCAUGCCUCUUCCACCACCCCCUUCUUCACCUCCACCACCUUGCCCACAGCCUAGAGAGUCUCUGAGCCUGAAUAGGCCCUUUCUGCGAAGUCUGUUGGGAGGCCUGCGCAUAGCACAGCUAUUGUCCGGGGCUGCCUGCUGGGUGACUUUAGCAGCGCGCAAGUAUGAAGGAGCAAGCUACUUUGCAGUCUUCGCAGCGGUUCUGGUGUGGUUGCUCACCUUGGCGCUCUUUGGGCUCAGCUUAUUGGGCCGCUGGUCUCUGGUGCCAGUGCUGGGGACACGUUGGCUCAUGACAAACCUAAUGCACGAUCUGCUGCUUGGGGUCAUUCUCUCUGCUGCUGCGGCGGGCAUCAUGAGCCACAAGGCACAGAACCUCAGCUACUGCAACCUGCCAGGCUAUAGCAGGCCCUGCAGUUACAGUGCCUACCUGACUGCUGCCAUUUUUGCAGGCAUCACUGCCUUCCUCUACCUAAUUUCUGGACUCUACUGCCUGGUACGGCACUUCCGGGGGCACCAAGAUAUCAUUUGAGAGAUGCAAGAAGACAGACAGAUGGGCAGGAAUAGAGAGAGACCCUUCUUCAACCAGCUGGACAAGCCUCGCACAUACUGCCCCCCACAGACUGCUCCUUGCUCCAGACUCAUUGUUGCCUUCCUGAUGGACAGACAAAACAUCAAUAGACUUUCUUGGGAGAGGAGGAAUCAUGCUUUUACCUCCCAUAGUAAUGAUGGCUGUUCUGUUCCCUUCAUCAACAGAUGGAUACAGCUUUCAUUACCCAGAAGCUAGAAACGGUACAUCUUUCACAUUAAAUCUGGCAGCCGAUUAUGGGACUUCCCUGUCUCUCUUCUUCCUUCACUUGGCAGGUGGGUCUCUGUGGGUCUGGAAACGUUUGGCCUGGCUUAUGAUUCCAGAAUAUGGGGUUGCCAUAGGGUGCCUUGCAAGCCCAUGGCCUUACAAGUGUUAUCCAUAACAGGAGCAGAAAUUAGUUUGCACGCCCCUGCCUGUCUAUGCAACACAGUCCUUGCCCAUAUGUUUUUAUGACAUAUGCUAAGAUCUCAUCCUUUCACAUUUAAUUAAUAUUUAGUAAUACUAAAUAUCUACUCUUUGGGGUGCUCCAUUGGUUUAUUAUUAAUAUUAUCCUGUUUCAGAACUUAUAAAUUAGAGAUCAUCCCCAAAAGUUUCCAUGGCACUUUUUCUCCCCUGUGCCAUUCUGUUUUUAAUCAGAUAUUUAUAAAUGAUGGUUCCUUGUGACUUUAUAUUUUGGAUAUGACCUUGAUGUGAACAUUACAGCAUUUAUAGCAAAGUAUUACUCUAAUAACCAGUUCUUAAUUUCUAAAAAUAGAGGUGCUGAGGCUCAUGGCUGCUGGAAAUUUGCAUUCUCUAAUCUGGAAAUCUUUUAGUCCUAGAUGUGGGGCAUUGGCUAUGCCAGUUAAAAUAAGAAGGAUAUUCACUUUGCUUAUGCUCAGAUGAACUUUCUUUCUUAUUACAGUUUAGUAUGUCACAGAGCAAAAUAGUGACACCAAAAAUGGAAUCCAGAGCUCAGCUCAUGAAUCCGUUUCUGAGCCCUGGCAAUCCGUAGGUCAAAUUAAGCGUUCUGUGUUCAGCAAUGUUGCUCUUGUUACUUUCUGUAUUAAUUAAUGACUCAUGUCCAAGAUACAUAAUUGGGCCAUUUGCUCAUUAGAGCAAGCCAUCCCACAAGUCAAUUGAUCAUGGAUAGUAGGAACAUUGGAGCCCUCUACAAGUUUUGUGGUGAUGGAACAAAGGAGGACAGAGAGAAGGGCCCGCUCACAGAAAUGGGGAGGAAGUGCUAGUCAUCAGCUGAGGCCAGAAAUGGAAUCUAGGUAGGUCAUAGAUGUGGAUCUAUCCAGGUUGGCUCUUUAUGGAGUUAGGCCUAUACCCUUAUAUUUGCUAUCUUUAGGAGGCAGGUAGUUGGAUAUUAGGAGUUCUGUGGCCCUAAUGUGCAAAGACCUCUUAAAGAUACCCAAGAUAAGGCUCCCACCACAGAAGACUGGAUGAGAGACAGAGCUACCAGGUUCCAGACAAUAGUUAGCACCUUUUAUGGCAAGGCCUGUAUCCUUCUGCUCCCAUCGUAUGCCAGAGAAACCUGUGCAAUUUAUUCUGCAUGAAGCAUUGAGGUUGGGAGAAAGCAUGGAGUUUUAUGGCUCCAGAGCAGCAUGGAAAGAGAACCUCAGGGCAAAAAUUUGCAAACUGGCACUGCAGUUGAAUGGUCAACAGUGGAGGAAAUGUAAUUAUUCCAAAAGCUGGCAUUGGGCCGGAAAAAGGCAGGAAAAUAUUCCUGUAGCAACUAUGAAGAGAAACAGUUACAUCAUGUGGAAGGCUUCUGACAAGGUCAGGGUCCAGAGCACCUGAAUUCCCAAUGCUUAGCAGGAAAACAGGAUCCAGUGAUGUCUGGUACUACUACACCUGCAUAUCUUGUGACUUGAUCUGACAGUAUAAGAAUGUGACAGUGCUAACUGUUUCAGCCAUGGAGGUAGAAUCAACCACCAGUUACUACCACAUAAACUGAAGACUUCAUUAUGCUCCUGGAUUGUCAACAUUGGAUUUUACUUCUGCCUGUCUCUACAGGGGAAAGUGCCUCUGAAAUACAGAAGUGCCUUGGGUGAGAGACCCCAUCAUACUCUUCUAGACUUCUGUUGUUUGCCGAAAUGUGCUAAACUCCCUGAGCAGCUGCCAUGACUAUCUUUGGCUAAGAUGCUUUCAACUGAUGUGCCUUUUUACAUAAAUAUAUACCAAUAAUUUUCAAAUGGUGGGAAUAGGUUCAUUUUUGUUGGAGUCUCCCUUUUCCAUUAGCAAUGACCCUAUUCCAGCAGCACCAGAUAGGGAAACGCACUUCACCUCUACUCAAGACAUCAUGUUUCAGAGUGGGCUACAGGAGUUUCCAAAAGACUUGCCUUCAACUUCUGGAUGUUCCUGACUUUCCUCCUCCUCUUCUACACUUAAUAAAAGCAUUGCUCCCUGC